CCGUUCCCAGUCAGCGCCUCUAGGAAAAGUCCGGGAGGGGAAGGGAGCGAGUGGGCUGAAUCGGUCCUCACAUUUAAAAGAAAAAAAAAAAAGAUCCGAAUUCUAGGUCCAGUUACCUGGAACUUCGACAGAGAGAAAGGGAAAGGGAGUGAGUCGGAAGUGCCCUUGGUUCAGCCCAGUUGCCAUGGAGACCCCUAGUAACAACCCUGGUACCCUAGGCCUGGAGGCCAUGGCUACUUUAGCCAAGCUUCAGGCACGGUCGUCGUUCCUAGAAACUCAGUACUACUUUAGGAACCGAGCCGUUGACGCAUUUCGGAAGAAAGAGAAUGAUGCAGCUGUGAAAAUCCAGAGCUGGUUCCGUGGCUGCCAAGUCCGGGCACACAUCAGGCACUUGAACAGGGUAGUGACAAUUAUGCAAAAAUGGUGGAGAAGUUACUUAGGCAGAAAACAGUACCAACUUAUUGUUGAGGCAGCGUAUUAUAAUAUGAAGAUGAAUCUCUACAAUGAAAUGGCUGUCAGGAUUCAGAGACGAUGGCGUGGUUUUAGGAUCCGGAAAUACUGCUUUAAUUAUUAUUAUUUGAAGGAAUACUUGAAAGCUGUUUCAGAAACCAAUGAUGCAAUUAGGGAGGCUCUGGAGGAGUUCGCAGAGAUGAGAGACAGAGAAGAGAGGAAGGCGCGCCUGGAACAGGAAGAGAAGCACAGAGGGCAGCAAGCCCGCAAGAUGCAUUACCUGCUCAGCACAAACCAGACUCCAGGUAUAUACAACUCACCUUUCCGAAACCAGCCUGACCCAUGGGAGCUGCGGUUACAGAAGGCAAAGCCUUUAGGGCACAAACCAGCCACAGCCGCAAGGACCAAGUCCUACCAUAGCUUGAGCAGCUGGCUCGAAUGCACCAGUGCCCGCUCCUUCCCUCACUCGGCAAGUCUGCCACCUAUCAACAGGAAGCGGUGUCAGGGGCCCUUCCGAGACAUUAAUGAAGUCCUGCAUCAGCGUUACAAGCCUUUGGAGCCAACCCUGAGGGUGUCAGAACCCAUCAACCACUUAGAGCUGGCCAGAGAGGCGCUUAAGCAAGAGGAGCGGAUGCUCAACGUGAACGACAAGAUAUUUUUGCCAUUUUCCUCCUACCAUAAAAAUGAGAAGUACAUCCCAAUGAUACACUCAUCAAGCAAGUACAAUGGGAACUCUUACGGACAGAAGCACUUCCGCAGUCAAGACCCUAAAAAGUGGAUCAGCAACAAGGAUUUUCAGACAGUUCUGCCAUCCUUCGACCUCUUCUCAAAGUAUGGAAAAUUAUAUUCGAAAGCUGGACAAAUUGUGUAAAGUGUGCUGCUUGGCCUUAGAGAACAGAAGAUGCAAUGUGGAGACGAGGUGAAGACGACGUGAGCACCAACUGAAGAUGCCACUGCCCAGAGGCCCGGGCUCUACCUACACGAUGACUACCUUGACUUGAGUCCCUUAACCUCGGCAUGCUCUCAGGAGCCUCCCCUCCCUGCCUGCCUCCCUUCCUCCCUCCCAACCUCCCUCCCUCCCUCCCGACCUCUCUCCUUCCCUCCCUCUCUCCCAACCUCUCUC